AUUUAAAAAUAGUCUUCACACACCAGACAAGUUCUCAAUGAAUUUUCAAUAAUUCACCGAAAUCCAAUGCAUUAACCGACCAAUAAAAUCCAAAUCAAAAUCGAACAGAAACGAUAUCGAACGCAGCAAUGGCGUUAUUGGGUGCACAGCUGGUCAUAACGUUGGUCAUGGUCAGUGUUAUACAGAAAUUGAGUCCUCACUAUUCACUAGCCAAAUGGUUUCUCUGUUCAACGGGACUCAUUCGUUAUUUGCAUCCGUCCGACAGUGAACUGAAAAUAUUGGCCGGUGUGCCAAAAAGCGUUCAGAAGCCGAAGAAAGAAAAUCGCAACAAAGGUCAUCAUGCGGACGACAAGUCAAACACAUUUCACAUACCGCGCAAUCUUGACAUUCAACUGGAAACGGCCAAAAUUUCGCCAUUCGAUGUCGUCCAUCUCAGAUACUACACCGAAUACCAGUGGCUGGUCGACUUCAGUCUGUACGCCGGCAUCGUGUACAUUCUGUCGGAAAUUUACCAUUUCUACUUUCCCAUCAAAGAGGAGAUCAAUCUCAGCAUGAUGUGGUGCUUGCUGGUCAUUUUCUUUUCAUUCAAACUGCUGACAUCGCUGACGAUCCAGUAUUUCCGCAGCGAUGAAUCAAUUGGCGAGCGGUCGACGUGCAUUGUCACCGGACUGACGUACUUGCUGAUUUCUAUGAUAAUUUUGAUCGUUGACGAGAAUACACUGGAGACGGGCUUGGAGCAAGCGUACACCAGUUUCAAUCGGAGUGCUUCCAAUUUUCUGGAGGGACAGGGCGUCAGUUCGUCCGGUCCCGCAUCAAAGAUCAUCGUCAAAUUUUGCAUAGCCGUCUCUUGUGGCAUCGUCGGUGCAAUAUUCACAUUUCCCGGCCUGCGUAUGGCACGCAUGCACUGGGACUCUCUGAAAUACUGCAAAGAGAACAAAAUCAUGCAACUGCUGCUGAACGUCAGUUUCGCUCUGCCGUUCAUUCUGGUCAUUUUGUGGGUGAAACCGUUGAGCCGAGAUUACCUAACCGGACGGGUAUUCUCCGGUAUGAAUGGACCGCUAUUGACGCCCAGUUCCUUUGACACAAUUCGUCUGCUGCUGGUGGUGUUCGCUGUAAUUCUACGGUUUUCGCUGAUGCCAGUGUACCUGCAAGCGUAUCUGAAUCUGGCCUACGAUCGAAUUCAGGAUAUGAAGAAGGAGGCAGGACGCAUUACGAAUGUGGAACUGCAGAAGAAGAUCGCGUCGAUAUUCUACUACCUUUGCGUUGUGACCCUGCAAUAUGUUGCACCCAUCAUAAUGUGCAUGUACUUCGCAUUGAUGUACAAAACGCUCGGCGGCUACAAAUGGACCGAUUUGUAUCGAACUGCUAUGCUGCCUGACGACGAAUGUUCUGCGACCGAAUUCCAUCCGCCCGUUGUCGAUGCCAUCAUGGACGAUGCUGAUAUUCUGACAACGGCUAAGAUGUCGUUGAGGGGAUUGAAAUCGGUUUUCACCACCGAAGUAUAUCGCGGCUUGUUCGGAUUUGCGACGUGGUGGAGUUGCUUCGUAUGGUUUGCUGCAUCGUCACUGGGAAUGGUGUACCAGUCGUAUUUCUCCAAAGUCUAAACAUUUGUUUUUCGUUUUGUGUUGGAUGGGAGAGAAGCGGUGUCAUCAUCAACGUUUUGUUGAUUUUUUUUUGUUUUUAAUCUUAGGCGGUUGAUAGAAUGACUCACAUUUGUUUUCGUAAAUCUCGGAAUGUUUUGCCUUUUUUCCUUAGUUUAAUUUAUUUCACAUCUUCAUGUAUCACAAAGGGCAACGCUCACGCGAUUUUUUUUUUAAAGAAAAUUCAUUGAUUUAGUUUGUUCGUCCGUUGCCCGAACACGGCGCACAUUGAAGUUAUUUUUUGACGAAUUAUUUUCGAUAUGUUAAGAGGGGAAUGUCCAUUGAGGACUUCCAUGAGAGACCCAGUGUCCGUCCGGGGUUUAUUGUAAAUUAUCGGGUCGAAAGUGGACGCUGGUGUAAUGUCGCUAGAUUUUGCAAAGCAAAAAAUCUUCGUUCUUGGACUACUGGUACUGAGCACUAGGAGAGCCCUAACAGGCCCUACUGUAUAUCUCAACCGUCAUUUCAGUAGAUUUUAACAGGAUAGGAUGGUCAGUGUAACGAUCUUGAAACACAGAUCUGGUUAUCCUCUGAUUCCUUCCUUGCCAUCAUUUAUAUCGUAAGAGCCUUCCCGUUGCCAUUAAGAACUCGUCAAGAACGACAGGUCCCAAAAUGGCAACUUCAGAAGGUAAGGUUUAUAUAGUCACCUAGGAGCCUGUGCCUUAGUAAUCCACACUUUCAUAGUAGCACCAAGGAGUCGCCGACAGUGUCCGAUGAUCGCGCCUACUACUUUUCUGAUGCGAUUACGGUUCUUUCGAGCAAAUCUUUUGCCAAUCUAGCAUUUGGCCUCGGAAAAACGUGCAUUGUGUCGGCACGUCGUCUUCGUACACUUCCCACCAUUUCGAAUGUCUUUACGUAACCCAUUCCGUUCACGCUUCCGCGUAGAACGAACUGGGUGUUGACAAAUCCUUACAUUCUUCACGGAAGUAGCGACGGGCGACGAUAAUGUUUUUAUCAUCUACUCGAUCAUCAUACAUCGACAGAAACUCAGAGUCAAUUUUAGCAUAAAGGUACUGCCGCCCAAUGAAGAAUUCAAAUUGAAAAUAAAAUUUGUUAGAAGAUCUGACGUGCCUCACAACACAAAAUUUUCAACGUGCCAGGCACGCCGGAUCUUCCCUUUUUCAAUUGCAGUAUUCAAUGGGCGACAACACUUUUUUGACACCAACUUAAAUUCUGUGCGACGUCUCCUGACUAGGGCUUCUUGGGACCCUUCCAACGCUCAAUAGGGUGAGCGUACCAAUCCUCGGACAAGAAUGAGUCGUCGGACACCUAUUGUUGUCUCAUUCAUAAAAAACGUGUAUGAAUGAAAGAACAAUAGCUGUCCGAGGACUCAUUCUUGUUCGAGGAUUGGUACACUCACCCUACCAAUCGUCGAAUGUUUUUGACCUUGCAAAAUCUAACGAAAUUACACCAGGCUGCCCGUAAGUGACGAUAAAACCCGUGGGUUCUGGGACUAGGAAAGCAUUAGACCAGUGGAGUUGAUGGAGUCGUUAUGUUGUCGUAGAGAGUACAUUUACCUCUCGGGUCGAUAUAAUCCAAUCAUAGGAGAUUGGAGGCUGUUACUGACAUGCAAGUAUGUGAUUUAGGUAGAGCAUUAAAGAAAUCAUCUCGUCCCGCUCUUUCCCACCGCAUUAAAUCGCUUUACUUUUCGUCUUCCCAUUCCCAUUCUCUGCCCAUUGAAUGUUAAAAUGCGGUUCGUCUCUAAUACAGAGACAAAUCAAUUUCAGACUUUACUAGCAAUUUCAGCCGUUUCAUUCCUUUCUAGGUUAAAUUCCAAUAGAUUUGUCAGGGACUCGAAUAGUGUGUCUCCAGACCUUAAGUACAGAUCUAGUACUUCGGCCUCACAAACCUUUCUAAUUCGGCCAGUAAGUUCUCAGUAACGACCUGGUUCAGGGCGACAGGUUGUAGAUGGUAGACAGCAGUACCCGAUGUUCGCUUCUGCGUCUCAUACAGACCCGAUGUCAACAAUCCUAACCGCAUGUGAUGAGGGCGCAUUUGAACUUUGAAAGGGUGGGAUAGGGCAUCCUUUCAAUGUCAUCAGUUGAAAAUCACAUAUUACACAAAGACCUCAACAACCAACAAUCACUGAUUUGUCCACAGCCCCCGAGUGGUAAGCGUGGUGUCGUACCAUCCACUCCACUAACUACAUCGCAUUACGAUAAACAUUAUUCUUCGUUCAGCAAUGGCGAUUCAUUGCGGACGACCUAGCAAAGACGAGGGACUGUUUUGUAUUUGAUAUUUUGUACAUGAGAGCCUGUAAAAAAUUGUAUUUAAAACCAAAAAAACGGUAAAUAAAGCCAUGUAGUGAUUAAGUGA